CGGUGCUUGCCCUCCGUCCCCGCCGUUCGCCAGAGAGACCGCGCGCAGGAGCGCGUAGUCGGUAGCGGCUCGACGACCGGCGCGGGAGUCAGCAAACUGAGCUCUCGGUCGCACGCGCGCUCGUGUUCAAGCCCACGGUGCGGUGGUGGUGUUUGCGCCCCCUUUCUCACACGGGCCGAUUCGGCGCACGCGACCCGCCGGCAGAGCGCUCGCGCAUAGCAGCCGAAGACGUGGAAACGGAAGAAGGAACAUCGCUCUUUGCCCGCUUCGGGACGUCCCGUUCGUUUCAUCGCUCUCUGCCUCUUCAUAAUAAUCGCGCUGCGCCUCUCUUUUGGAACUGCCGAGAGGCUGCGCGGCUGCUUUGCCAAAAUAACCUCUGCCCCGUGUAUCGAAAGUACAGUCUCCCGUCAACUCGGUUGAAACGAGAGUGGGCAAUGUAGGGACACUCGAUUGUGCAGCUUGUGCCGAGUAAUACUUGCUUCUCCAUGGAGGACCAAACGGUGCCCGUUUUUCUGUCACCUGUUCACGAGUCGCCGACGGCACGCCCGUGAUCGUCACCGCCCUCAUCUCCAGCCGUUACGCGCCGUGAAGCCCCCAAACUGGUGGUCGCCGAGGUUGGAAUUGUCAAGUUCAGCGGACUAGCGUGGCGGCGACGUGUGGAUUACUGCUGCAUUGAAGUCUUCGUGAGCUAUGGGCAUCGGGGAGCUCCUCUCCUGGACUAACGACUGCAGCUGCCAUGCCUGCCCCAAUCCAAGGCCCUCCCCGAGCUUGCCUUCAGUGCGUCACGUCGCGACCCAUCACGUGACUGACCUUCAGUGACCGCGGCUGUCUACCUUCUUUCGGAGAGCGUACUUUCCAUACUCAAGACCUUUUCGACGGUUCGUGAUCGCAGCCCUUCGUAAUGACCAGAGAGCGCCGGGCUUCUGUCACAUUGAUACUGUCCGCCUGUCUGCUGCCCUGGUGUUGCCUCAGUGUACACGGCUCUCGCACCGAGCGAGUGUUCGCCCAGCUGAAGGCAUUGCGCGAGUGUGAGCAGCGGGCGUUCUUCGACGCUGGAGACAACGAUACCGCUGGAUGUGAUUGGAGGUUCGACGGCUGGCAGUGCUGGCCACCGACACCUCGUGGAGUAACGGCUAGGGCGCCAUGUCCUACUCUCCUGCCUGGCAACGUGAAUACCUCGGCUACGGCAUCGUACCAUUGCCUCAUGAGGGGCUCCUGGCAAGAUGAGAUGGGCAACUACGACGCCUGCACAACAUCGCCAUACUUUGACCCCGAAUUGAAGCUUUUGAUUGACAUUGCCGAGGAGAUAGGGGAGUACGUUCCUUGGGAGCAGAGCUCUCCGAGAGGGGAGAACUGGAUGUGGCAGGAGAAGAUCGACCACUUCAAGCACUGCCUUGAGCACGUACUCCUGAAGCCGUUUCCUGAGCUCGGGGCGAACGAGUCCCUGUGUCCACGAACUUGGGAUGGCUGGAACUGCUGGGACGACACACCACCUGGACAGACGGUGUUCGCGCCAUGCCCACAAUUUGUGGCCGGCUUUCUGUCGUCUAGACAAGCACACAAAUUAUGCACGUCAAACGGCACGUGGUUCCGACACCCCGUAACUGGCCAUAUCUGGUCCAACUACACCGCCUGCGUCGACACUCACGACCUUCAGUUCCGAAACUUGGUGAACUCCCUGUACGUCACAGGAUACUCCAUUUCUCUGGUCGCUCUACUCUUGUCACUCUUCAUUUUUUGUUACUUUAGGUCACUUCGCUGUAGGAGGAUCACUAUCCACAAGAAUUUGUUCACUUCGUUCAUCAUCAAUAAUCUAUGUUGGAUACUAUGGUACAUCCACGUCAUCGCGCAGCCACAUGUAAUAGAAGAGAGUCCGAGCUGGUGCCAGGCUCUGCACGUGGUGACGCAGUACUUCCUCUUGUGCAAUUACCUCUGGAUGUUCUGCGAGGGUCUUUAUUUGCAUACGCUACUUGUGAUGGCGUUCAUCGCCGAGGACAAGAUUCUCAAGUGGUUCCUGCUCAUCGGAUGGGGUUUUCCCUUGCUUCCAACAAUAGGUUACGCUGUAAUGCGUGGCUUAGAUCCUGAGGCAUCAAGAAUGUGCUGGGUCGAACAUGAUGUCUGGUACACUUAUAUCCUGAGCGUUCCUGUGUGCUUCUCGAUACUGCUCAGCUUCGCAUUUCUUGUCAACAUCGUAAGGGUUCUUGUCACAAAGCUUCGGGCUGUCAAUUCCCCUGACAACGAGAGCACAAGGAAAGCCGUGCGGGCCACCGUGAUAUUGCUUCCCCUCCUGGGCUUGCACUACGUGGUGACUCCGUUCAGGCCCGACAAGGGAUCCAUCUUCCUUGCAUAUGAGAUAAUAUCAGCACUGGUCACUUCGUUACAGGGUCUUUGUGUUGCUCUCCUGUUUUGCUUCUUCAAUGGAGAGGUUCUAGGUGUCCUUCGGAAAACGCUUUCGCAAACACCAUGUUUCAGAAACGACGGCCGACGGAUGUCUUACGCAAAUACCAGCAUCAGCCGCCGUUAUCACUGUUUUCCUCCCACAUUUCCCUAUCCCAAGCUCAAGCCCCUCCCUACUCAAGUGAGGUGUACUUCUUGAAGCGUAUGUGCCUUGCUAUGUGUUUCAGUUGUUCAAAGCAUACGUCAUAUUCAGAGCUACGUCAUGUGUUCUCAGCACUUGGUUGUUGGUAGAGAAUAUGUGACGAUAUUUGCUAGUUACUGGUGUUGCUUUUAUCACUCGCAGUGUAUUUUCGUAACUGCUUGAGCAUGUGUUUGUCGUAAAUUGUUUACGGAAGAAGCGUUAACGCUUAGGCUACGUAAAUGAGGUCGGCUAAAUUCUCCAUUUGUACAAUAUCUUUUUUUUUUCGUACUGAACACGUACGAUUCAUGUGAUGGCAGAAUCUCGUGUCAUUACGCGUGCCAAACGUAUACACAACGUUGAUUGAUGUUCACUGGUAUUUUUGUGUACAUUGUGUAAAUGAUGCUACUUUUGUUGUUUUGCGCAAAUCGAUUCCUCGAGAAAUGCCAUGUGUGUAUUUAGCAGUUGAUAUGCCUGUAUAACUUCUCUAUGAACGAAGUGUUGCUGUUCAUAGCUGUAGAAAUACGAAUUUUGUGCGCCACCGCCAGAGACUUUUAUUGCUUCACUGUUGUCUGUUUCCCGUAGCAUCUCUGUAAUAUUUGUUCUUUUAAAAGAGCACAAUAAAGCAUGAAAUUU